UUUUUUUAACGCCCGGAGCGUCAUUUUGCGCAUGUGUCUCCAGUCUGUUGUUUAAAUUUCUUACGGAGCGCUUAAACCCAGGGGGUGGGGACAAAGUAUAAUAUUUUCGGAAUAAAAUCGUCAGACUGAUGAUUGCAUACUCCACAUGUGUACCUGGUGACCCCUUGCGCAUCAGGUGGAUUUUAACAUAUCACUGCAGCUGAAACUCUGGAAGUGCACUGCACAUGACGGCACCAAACCAACCUCACCUUCCUGUAGUGCUGGAGUUUACACACAUAUACACUCAUGCUGACCACCAUGACGUACCGCAUGCCAAACUUCACUCUGGAGCAGAAGCUUUUCCUGCUUCGGAGAAUUCAUGCGGUGGUGGACACAGUCCAGGACUUUCGGAAAGACACCAACACUACUGUGCACCGGAACGCUGUAUGGGCAGAGCUGGCCCAGGCCUUCAAUGCGGCGUUCCCUAGUCGACCCCCCAGCAGCAUCGGCUCUCUGAAGACGCUGUGGAAACGGCUGAAGGUGGAAUGUCGUGUUGCGCUGCAGAAGCGACAGGAACAGCAGGCAGCUGGGCUUCCUGUGUCUGCCCUCACGCAGGUGCAGAGAGAAGUGAUUACCCUCGUACCGAACCUCAUCUCCUGUCUGGAGGAGGUAGAUGGAGAUGGCAGCUAUGCCUCGGUUAGGGGUAGCUCACCUGGAGCAGUGAUGGGGCUUUCAGGCACUAAUGGGAGUGAGCAUGAAGAUGCUGACCACAGUCAAAAUGAUGAAGUAGACAGCAAGGAGAACUUAGCCAUUGAACUUGGAUUGGUCUCACCGACUCACCCACCUGUUAACUCUGGGAUUCCUCCUGGCACUGCCUCCUCUCCUCUCCACUCACAUUCAGUCUCUUCCAGGUCCAGCCGUCCCUCUCUCAUCUACCCAACCCAUGCAGGAAGCACCUCAGGGCUGGGAUCAGGGACUAGGGGUUCAAACUUCGAUACCCCACACAGAGAGCCUGUGGUGCCACGUGCUCCUGCCGGAGGAGCAGUUGAGAAUUCAUUACCGCCAAUGGACUCUUAUACCUCGAACUCGAAAUGGGAGGCACGUCGACAGGAACUGUUUGAGCUGGAGCAUCAGCAGACGAUGAGUCUGUUACUGCUGCAGCAGUGUGUGUGGGAGGAGAAGAGGAAAGCAGUGAGACAAAAGGAGAAGGCGGCGCGGGCCAAGAAGAGAUAUUAUCAAGCCAAACUACGGAAGAUCACCACAGAUCCUCCACCUUCCAGUAGUGACAGCGAGGAUAACGAAUAUCUACAGACUUGAACUCAGAUGUUUAUGGCAUCUUAGCUAUGUUUGCUUUCUUUUUUUGAAAGUCAUUUUUUAUUCUAGCAAUGCUGUUUAUUUACAAAACAGUAUAUUUUUUAUUGUGGACUAAACUUAAUUGGUGUUUAGGAAUGUACCAUGUGUAUCAUAUGGAGGGGGGAAUUUACUCGUGCAGGCUUUGUACCAGUAGCCAAUACAAAUCUGAUUUCCUUUCAUACUCUCUCUCAUCAACACUGAUGCUGCAUUCCAUUCAGUCAAAAGUGGGAUAGUUAAAGGGAUAAUUCACCUGAAAAUUGAAAUUCAUAAUGUACUCCCCCUCAUAUUGCUCCAAACUGUGUGACUUACUUUCUUCUGUGCAACACAAACAAAGUUUUUUUUUUUUUUUAAUGCCUCCAUACAAUAGAAGUAAAUGGGUCAUGUGUUGUUAAAAAACAGUUGAAAUAUUUCUCAAAAUAUAUUCUUUUGUGUUCUGCUGAAGGAAGUAAGUCAUACAUGUUUGGAGAGACAUGAGGAGAAGUAAACGACAACAGCAUUUUCUAAUUUUUUGGAUGAACUAUCCACAGUCCGACAGACUUAGAUUAUGACUUGAAUCAAAUCGUAAUGCUAAUGUUAGCAUUGCAAUUGUCAACAAAGAAGCCUUUUAGCAUCCAAUUUUGCUAGCAUUUGUUUUACAUGAGUAAAAUUGUCAACAUAAAAGCUCAUUUACCAUUUUUUACAAGCCUGUGAGGUUUUAUUAUAAUUUAAAUGUAAUUACUUUGACCUGUUAAUUAAUUUAAUUGGCUUAAAAUAGUGAAUGUUUAUCAUGCACUGUGUCUCUCUGGGUCUCUUGUUUAAGUGAUAUCAUAUAACAAAAACAACUGAAAAUCUUAUGUUUGGGAAGUUUUCCAAAAGCGAGACUGGAAAUUGGAGUGCAAUAGUCAAACAUGUCCAUCUAGUGCAUGUUAAAAAUGGAAAAGCAGCACAGUGGAAUGCAAAAAUGCGUUUUUUGUGAAAAUCUCAAAACCCUCGCACAUUCAGGCCAGAACUGAGCAGUGAGGAGAUGUUUAGUCCUGAUACUUGUGUUAGAUGAGAAGAAGAAAUGAACUGAAAUGAGAUUUCUAAUGUUACUGUAUUUUAAUUUAAUGCUUGUGGAUCAAACCAAGGAUUGAAGUUCUCCAAGGCCCCUGUUUGAUGCUAUAUGCAUUACAUUACAAACAUUAAAAAUUACUGUGGUAAGAAAGUACACUGCAAAUAUGAGGUAAGAAAACAUACAGAAGAUACAACAUUACAACAUCCAUGUGUGGAAAUAUUUCAGGGGUUAUUGCCAGUCCAUAAUCUAUCCUUGGAUACAACUCAUCUGACUGUUUUAGGACAGCGUCUUUAGGACCAACCUUUAGAUUUAGUUCACUGUAGCUCAUUUAUACUAUGCAGGUUUUUUCAGGUAAAUAAGUGCUUCUCUUAAAGUGACGAGUGCUUGAAGUUAGUUCAGUGUUGUUGAUUUACUUGUCUUAGUAUACAGUGUUUGGGAACAGAGCACUUUGUUCUUUUGCAAAAUAUGAAAAUCUUAAAGGAAUAAAAUGGAUAUUCUGUCAUCAUUUUCUUACCCUCAUUAUGUUCCAAACCUUUGUUCCAUGUUGUAUGAAAUAAAGUCAUACAGGUUUGGAAAAACAUGAGGGUGAAUAAACAGUACGUUCAUUUUAGAUUAACUGUCUUUUUAGGAAUGUUACAACAGUAGACUGGAAAUCGUGUGUGUAAACCAGUGAAACAGAAUGUUAGACUGAAUUAAACUAGUGAGAACCUUCCACUGUAAAAGCAGAUGUAAAAUUUACAUUUAGAUGUAAUUUCGUUUGACUGAAAU